GACGCACCCGCGUGUUCCCCCUAACCCAUUUAAACAGUCCUUCCGUUUGCCCACAUACCAAACGUGCUGAGCCGUUUGUGGGAUAAUUGACUCCCCUUCUUGGCAUGUUCAUGGGGGGAAGCCAAAUUGGGCCACCCAGCAAAAGGCGUGAAAUUCGCCACGGUGAAUAACGUGCUGAAAAAGGACCAGCAAAAAAGGUGAAGUUACUACUUUAUGUGUUAUCCCAAACGUUGGUAUGUACGCCCGUUUAUUCAACCACGUGGGAUAUUCUCCCCUCCAAAAAAAAAGCAGCCCAUCCUGCACAAGUAUGUAAAUGGCUCAUUUGCCACUUCAGACGAACGGAAAGGAAAACCUUGUCGGGAGAUAACUCAAUCAUUCUUAUAGACCCCUCCGUAAAGUGCGUAACAAACAUUUGAUUAAAAAGACGAGCCGAAACAGUUUCGUUAUCCCCGUGGUGCUAUCAGAUAAGGGCACACAUUGCGCUGUUCAAAGUUGCCUAUCUGAAGACAUCCCCAAAGGUGCGCACAAUUGUAUACGUACAUAUGCAGUUAUUCCCUCUCCCCCCUGUAAGGACUCCUCUUCAGUUGCACCCUGCGAAUCGGGUAGAAUAUGCUCCACUUGGUUAACCCUUACGUAUGUGAGUUUUUACCCUAGUCCGUUCCGCCCAAUCGCACUGCACAAGGUCAGCAAAAAUGAGCUUCAAAAAUUACUGCCCAUGUGUUUACCCGCAAGAGCGGAACAUAAGCGGGCUGGACUACCGCUUCGACAUGAAAAAAAAGUUGGUGAAAUUCAGGCGCCGUGUUUUUAGAAGGCUCCGUGUAAAGAGCCUAAAAGCGGAUUUAAGCAAAAUAGAAAGUAGAAAAAGCUUGCUAAGUAAUUAUCACCAUAAAGGGAAAAAAAAAUGGUACAUGAAUUUCCAGCCCUUGGGAAAUGUAGCUAUAGAGCAGUAUUGGAAAUAUGAUAAAGUUACCCUGAAGGAUAUCCUAGGGUCGAGCAUCAACACAUCAAAUGAUAAUUACAACACGGGUUUGCGAAAGAGUAAAAGGUAUCUUAAGCGCAUUGCAAAACGUAUACUAAGGGGAAACCCUCAUGAGAGUUUAAUACAAAAUGCAUUCAAAUGGGCAACGUAUGAUUAUAACUCUGAUGAAGGCUCAGCAAAUUCGAACAAUAAUAAUUUGGGUUCCUCCCUACUGAGCUUAAGUACCCUUGCCAUAAAAGAUUCGGAGAAAUUACUCAAAUGGAAAUUAAAAUAUUCCGAUAAUUUAAUCAAAUUUAAGAAGUUAAAAGCACAAGAGGCUGAAAAGAACUCCUCGACAAUUCGUUCGACCACCUUGGCCAAGAAGAAAAAGAAGUCCAAAAGGUCCAAGUCCAGUAGGGAUCAUAGGGAGCAUAAGGACCAUAGGGAUCACAAGGAUCAUAGGGAUCACAAGGAUCAUAGGGAACAUAAGGAUCAGAAGGAUCAUAAAAGUGAUAUCGCUUCAGGUAACUAUAAAAUUGUAUUAAAAAGUUUUAACAAGGGGGGUAAAAAGGGUCAAUAA